UGAAGUUUCUGUUUUAUCUAUUCUAUUCGUUUUACAGAUAAGAGUAAUAAAUUGACUUGUUAUUAAGCGCAGGUAAAGCGAAAUCACUCCACACAUGAUAAACUGAAUUUCUAUAUCCUAAGUCUUAAAAUUUCCAAUUUGGUCGGUAUAUUUUCUUGUUUUUCGCAAACAUUUGAGAUAUAUUUAAAUUAAGAUAUUUAAUCCGCGGUAUAUUGGAUAUUGCUACAUUUGAACGGUUAAAGUGCGAUCUAGGCGUACGCAGUUGAAUAGGCAGUUGUAUUUAUUGAAAAGAUUGGUUUAAUAAGGGUAAAGUUUUACCUAUAAUUAUGUAUACAGUUAAGUAUAUUCUACCUGGUAUGUUUUAAGAUUAAGGUCAAUGUUUGAAUAAAGGAAAUAACGUCGAGUAUUAAGUGGGCUGAUUUUUAAGUAUAUUUAGCAUGCGUGGAGAUCAUAUAAACAGGACAUAACAAUUUGAGGAAAUUUUGUUAAAGAAAACGUAAUUUCAUGCUGGAAUAUAAGAGAAGAUUUGUAUAGUAAAAAAAAAUCUUACGUACUGCUUAAAGAAUAACUUACUAAGUACAAAAUGACAAAAUAUGACAAAGAAUUAUAGUGAAAUUACUAAAUUAAGUCAUUCAGAAAAUGUGUUCAUUUAUGGAUAUAAUGUGUUCAUAAUCAUGGUGGAACCAAACCGCUUACAAUAUGAUGCUCUCAUACUUUGAUACUGAGGAACAGACGGCAGAUCAGGCUCGUUUAUAUGAGACAUGUCUAAAAGGGAGCCGGGAAGAAAUCAGAAACUACUGCAGGAAUGGAGACAUUGCUUCACUGUAUAUAAAGGAUGGUAUGAACCCAAUGCAUGUGGUGGCCAUUGCUGGCCGAAAGGACGCUGAGGUCAUAUUGGAUAUGAUGUUGCAGAACGGGUUUCACGUGAACGAUCAGACGAUGUCCGGAGAUGACACGGUGCUGCACCUGAUUGUAGAACAUAUUGACGUAAAAGCAGCGUUUCCCCUCGUUCUGAAGAUACUGGAGUAUAACCCCGAUCUGCAAAUACGAAAUAGGAAACUGCGAACACCUUACGACUUGGCACUUGCACGUGGCGAAUUUGAACUUGCUGAAGUGCUGGAUGGUCACAUGACAGCAUCAGAGGCACGAGAAUAUUACAAAAACAAGAUAGCAGCCAUAUACGGCCCCAAGAAACGAGUUUUGUCCCCUCGAACAAAGCGUUAUUUCCAGGCCAAACUGAUAGACGCAGUGCUGAGAAGCAACGAGAACGACAUACAAGAUUUCCUUAAACUUGGUGCUGACCCUAAUUAUGUCAAUGAACAUAAAAAUGGUGCAAUACAUUACGCAAUUACACAUUGUACGUUACCGCCCCAACGGACGUUACAGUUACUCAUAGACGGUAAAGCUGACGUCAACCUACAAGAUGAUGAAGGGGACACUGCAUUGAAUCUUGUGAUAAAGAUGACCAAGUUGAAGGACACUGGAGAAAUGUAUAAGUGUGCCGAACUGCUGGUUCAGAACGGAGCACUCUCUACCUUAAAGGACUUGGACGGAAAUGACGCACUUAGCUUGGCGAAAAAGAGACAAUACGAUGAUAUAGUGAAGCUUCUCACGGAUCGUAGACCGCAGCAUAUCCAGCUACCUCCGGUCGAUGACUCCGAAGCUGAUCAUCCGCCGCCAUUACCCAGAGGUCAAGAAAUAUUACCUCCACUUCCGGAAUCACCAAACGAAGAACCGGAACCGGCAACCGAUAGUGCGGAGCCACGUAGACAAAUUACACAGCCUACUCCGCCGGGACAGAACAUGAAGCCGUCACCUCGGCCUCCACUUCCGCCUCCACCGGUUCGAGAACCAGCUCAGCUGCCUCCCGCACCAAGGCUUUUGCCGCCACCACCCGAUAUAGACGAACUGUCUGCGGAUGAAGACGAGUCGAACCACCCACCACCAAUGAUGCCACAGGAUACCCUUGUGCGAGCAAUCCGAGAGGGGACGUUGGAAGAAGUGAACGAGGCCCUGUUUGGACUACGGGCUGAUCCGAAUAUACCUGGAGAUGAUGGACUUUAUCCCAUUCAUCACGUACUUAUCCGUGGAGAGAUGGAAAACGAAGAUGAAAGAAUAGAUAUGUUAAAAAGUUUGAUAGAGGCUGGUGCUGAUAUUAACCAGAAAACUGUCAACAGUGAGAGUACAGCCCUGCAUGUGGCUGCUACAAAGAACCAGUAUGAAGAGGCACAGGUGCUCCUUGAUACUCAUAAAUGUGAUUACAAUCUGAAAAAUAAGCAUGAAAAGACAGCAUACGAUAUUGCUGAAGAAGAAGAAUGUCAGGAAGUGAUGGAUGUGAUAGAAAACCAUAGACGUAGAGUCCGGCAGAGAAUGCAAAGAGCAGCAAAGGCUUCUACGUGUAUAAUAUUGUAACUCAUAAUUAAACUCAAACAGAAAAUGUAGAGCAGCAGAGCUUCUACGUGUACAAUAUUGUAACUAUAGUUAAACGCAAACAGAAAAUGUAAAGAGAGGCAAAUUCUUCUACGUGUACAAUAUUGUAACUUAAUUAAACAUAAACAGAAAAUGUAAAGAGCAGCAAAUGCUUCUAGGUGUACAAUAUUGUAACUGUAAUUAAACUCAAAUAGGAAAUGCGAAGUGCAGCAAAAGCUUCUACGUGUACAAUAUUUUAACUGUAAUUAUAACAGAAAAUGAAAAAAGCAGAAAAGGAUUCUACGUGUACAAUAUUGUAACUGUAAUUAACCCCAGACAGAAAAUGAAAAGAGCGGCAAAGGUUUCUACGUUUACAAUAUUGUAACUGUAAUUAACCUAAAGUAGGAAAUGCAGAGUGUAGCUAAGGCUUAUACGUGUACAAUAUUGUAAAUGUAAUUAAACUCAAACAGAAAAUACAGAGUGCAGCAAAGGCUUCUACGUGUACAAUAUUGUAACUGUAAUUAACCUCAAACAGAAAAUGAAAAGAGCGGCAAAGGUUUCUACAUGUACAAUAUUGUAACUGUAAUUAAACUAAAAUAGGAAAUGCAGAGUGUAGCAAAGGCUUCUACGUGUACAAUAUUGUAACUGUAAUUAAACUCAAACAGAAAAUGCAAAGUGCAGCAAAGGCUUCUACGUGUACAAUAUUGUAACUGUAAUAAAGCUAAAAUAGGAAAUGCAGAGUGUAGCAAAGGCUUCUACGUGUACAAUAUUGUAACUGUAAUAAAACUCAAACAGAAAAUGCAGAGUGUAGCAAAGGCUUCUACGUGUACAAUAUUGUAACAGAAAUCAAAAUUAAACAGGAAAUGCAAUGUGCAGCAAAGGCUUCUACGUGUACAAUAUUGUAACUGUAAUUAACCUCAGACAGAAAAUGCAAAGUGCAGCAAAGGCUUUUACGUGUACAAUAUUGUAACUGUAAUUAAACUAAAAUAGGAAAUGCAGAGUUCAGCAAAGGCUUCUACGUGUACAAUAUUGUAACUGUAAUAAAACUCAAACAGAAAAUGCAAAAAGCAGCAAAGGCAUCUACGUGUACAAUAUUGUAACUGUGAUCAAACUCGCACAGAUGAUGCAACGGCUCCAACGUAUACACAGAUGUAACCGCUUACAUCAAAACCAUAGACGUAGAGUCCGGCAGAGAAUGCAAAGAGCAGCAAGGGUUUCUACGUGUAUAAUAUUGUAACUCAUAAUUAAACUCAAACAGAAAAUGUAAAGAGCAGCAGAGCUUCUACGUGUACAAUAUUGCAACUAUAGUUAAACGCAAACAGAAAAUGUAAAGAGAGGUUAAUUCUUCUAGGUGUACAAUAUUGUAACUUAAUUAAACAUAAACAGAAAAUGUAAAGAGCAGCAAAUGCUCCUAGGUGUACAAUAUUGUAACUGUAAUUAAACUCAAACAGAAAACGCAGAGUGCAACAAAGACUUCUACGUGUACAAUAUUGUAACUGUGAUUAAACUCAAACAGAAAAUGCAAAUAGCAGCAAAUGUUUCUACGUGUACUAUUUUAACUGCAUUUAAACUCAAACAGGAAAUGCAAAGUGCAGCAAAGGCAUCUACUUGUACAAUUAUAUAACUGAAAUCAAACUCGAACAGAUGAUGCAAAGGCUCUUACGUAUACACAGUUUUAACCGCUUACGUCAAAACGUUGGUCGAAACCUAGCAUCUUAACAUCUGACAUUGUAUUUAAUGUCAUACUGUAUGAAAACACACCAAUUUAAAUUGUUUUAAUACAAUGCUUUUUAGGUUGUUUCCUAGCAUUCCUAUUUUUUAUUGCUAUGACAUGAAUCUUUAACAAGUUCAUUUGACAGUCUGCGAGCUUGCGAUAAAUAAUUGUAUACUUGGUGAUUUCCGGCUCAGUAAGUAGCCUACAGGAUAUUUAGGGAGCAUAAAAGACAAUUAAAGGUUAAGGUCAAGGUAAAGGAAGAAGAUACGAAACUAAAACCUAUUUCUGACAGUUAUUAUAUACGCCUUUCGUUACAUUUCAACAUUUUUUUCAGAUCUUACCUAUCAAUAAUUUUUUGAAAAGGCAGAUCUUUGAUAUUUAAACAUCUGUCAAGAGUUAAAAGGAAUUUCUGAAUUUAUUUCUCGAAGAAGUCACAGUCCUUAAAAAGAAUUUCUAGAUUUUAGUUUGGUUUGUUUGCAUACAAUUUUCUGAGCAAGAUUUUUUUAUAUCCUAUUCUGUGAUAAUAUUAAAAAAUGGCAGGUCCAUUACUUUACACACAUUUAUAUUAAUUCGUUCUACUCUAAUGUAGUAUUUAUUAUACUUCCAGCCAAACAAUAGAGCUAUACUGAUGUCAUUUUGUACCGUCUGUAUAUCCGACUGUUUGUCACGAUAUAUUUAAGGCUGCUGUGCUGGGAAAUCAGUGAAACAUGACAAGGAUAAAUGGAAGUAAAGAGCUCACAAGCUGAACAACAGUGAUAACGUUACCUCACUGUUCGUACAGUAAAGCUUUUCAUUAUUUGAAACAAUAAAGGUUUACCUCCUAAAUGACUUUAAAUGAUGCGGCAGUAUGAUAUAUUUAAAAAAAAAUACAACUCUACCUUGAAUCGUUAAACAAUAUCCCCUUCGUAGGAAAUAUCUUUAUAAAUGGGCAAUGGGUUUUGGGACGGGGAGAUGGGUGUGUGGUUAAUCAAUAUAAUGGUAAAAGAAUAUUGCAUUGCGCAAUAACAAAAUCUUUUUGUUGAACAAUUCUAAAAUUAUGUUCCUUUAUUGGAUUCUGUCCAGAUAAUACCUUUGUUACUUUAACUUUUCUGUAUAGAUUUUUAAAAUUGAGUAUGAAUUAUUGCCAUCAAAACUUUUUUAAACUAGCCUUUAAGCUGGGUAUGACUCGUAUUUAAUGCUAGUUUUAAUUUUAAUAAUGUGUAUUAAUAAAUAAUUUGUUGCAUUUUGGGUUCGUUUUUGUAUUUAAUAAAUCUCUUCAUUUGUU